AAGCACUGAUAGAAGGAAGAUAGCUUUAUAUAUACGCCAUUAAUUUACAACAGUUGUUUACUGUCAUCGUCAUCAUCAGCGUGGUCAGGAUGCAGGCGACGAGCGGCGCUAAGCUGGCCGGCAAAGUGGCUAUUAUUACUGGGGCCUCCUCCGGGAUUGGUGCUGCAACUGCCAAACUUUUUUCCAAACUUGGGGCAACUUUGGCAAUUACUGGAAGAAACAUUGAAAACUUGAAUGGAGUUGGAGCUGAAUGUACAAGUGGUGAUAAGAAGCCAUUAAUAAUACAAGCUGAUUUAACAAAUGAAGCAGACACAAAGCAAAUCGUGGAGCAAACCAUUGGGAAGUAUGGCAGGCUGGACAUCCUUGUGAAUAAUGCUGGCAUCUUGGAGACAGGGAGCAUUCAAAACACUUCCUUGGAACAAUAUGACCGGCUGAUGAACACUAAUGUCAGAUCAAUAUACCAUCUGAUAAUGUUGGCAACUCCUCAUCUCAUUGAGUCACAAGGAAACAUUGUCAACAUUUCCAGUGUUAAUGGCAUGCGUUCGUUUCCUGGUCUCAUUGCAUACAACAUUUCAAAAGCUGCAGUUGAUCAGAUGACACGCUGCAUUGCUCUAGAGCUUGCAGAGAAGAAGGUCCGUGUGAACUGCGUCAACCCUGGUGUGGUGAUAACUGAACUACAGAAACGUGGAGGCCUUGGACCUGAGGCUUAUGCUGCUUUUCUGGAACAUAGCAAAACAACACAUGCUCUAGGUCGUCCUGGUCAGCCUGAUGAGGUGGCAGCAACCAUCGCUUUCCUGGCCUCGGAUGAUGCCUCCUUCAUCACUGGUGCCACAGUGCCUGUGGAUGGUGGCCGCCAUGCUAUGUGCCCCCGAUGAGUGAUGGAUUCUGUGAAGUGAGUUUUAGGUAAUGUUGAUGAGAAGAAGGUGUAUAUUUCAGUAUGGCUGAUGAAUUGAUUGAUUUAAGUACAUAAAAAUGUGUAUUUUUGUUGCAUAAUGUGUUUAUCAAUUUGUGGAUACAUGAUUAAACUUCUAAUAAAGAUAUAUUCAACUGCAUCUUUUGCUAAAGGGAACAUUCUUCUGUAGUGUGUUGGGCAGUGUGUUUUCAAUAAACUUGUUAACAUA